GGAACGAAGCGUGAACAGCUAUAAAGGGUGUCGAAGAAGCUUCAUGAAGUUCGAUUCGAGCCAAUCGUUUUGCGAAACAAUAGCUGGCAGGAGAGAACGUUGAAUGGUUUUGUAGUUUGGUUGGUUCGCGUUAGUUCGGCGGUGCGGCGGUCUGGCGUCUAGUGAGCCGGCUGGUCGAGGGGUGGCGGUGCGGUAGUGUCGCGCCGAAACAACCCUCAGUCUAAAAGCUACCGCGGUCGGGUGCGUGUCUUUACUGACGUCUUUCUGCGCGAUUAUCUGCCGCAUACGUCCAUUUACGUUUCUCUUAAUUGUGUAUUGUUCUGGACCUGACCUCGGAUGCCCUGCUCGAGUAUCAUAGUGCGGUUCUUUGUCGAUCCAACAGAUUGAAGGUCAAGUUAACUUCCGGAGCGAGUUGACGAAUCAGCGGAGGAGUAUCUAAACGGACGCGUUACCAAAGAUCAUCGUUUCGAUGACAGUUGCCAGCGGUGGACGUUAAAGCGAUACACCAGCCACCGAAAGGAUCCUUUGCUCGCGAAAGCGAACGAGAAGUGGUAAGCAGGAAGAUGAGAGUCCGUGAGAGUUGAAGUAAAAACCUGCACAACGAAUAGCAACAGCCUGCCUCGUCCAUUGCGACCAGCCACAUAUCUCACGUUAAGAUGACAUAGAAUGGGUUGGGUGGCGCUAGGGCGGUGUGCGGGUGGUGGCGGCCGCCUCUCGUCCGUCCUCUCGCUGUCUCUCACCUCCCUCGCAAGCUCCCUCAUCUUCACCAUCCUCUGUAUCCUCACACUUGCCCUCACUCUUGUCACUCUCGUGCGUGCCGAAGACAUUUUCGAGGAGGGCAAGUCGGACAAGGAGAUACUGGACAACCUGCUGCUGUCGACCCGUUACGACAAGCGGCUUCUGCCCCCGGUCCAAGGUACACUGAGGCCCCCGCCCCACACCCGUCAAGACGACUACACCCCUGACUACCUCGUACCCAAUGACCCUGAUCAUCCAGAGCACCUCGAACACCACCGGCACCGCUACCACCAUACAGCACCACACAACCACAGCUCACUGCUCACCCCUCGUCGAAAGGGAACCUUGACCGUAAACGUGAGCGUGCUCUUGUUAAGUUUGGCUUCUCCCGACGAGUCCAGUUUGAAAUACGAGGUGGAAUUCCUGCUGCAACAACAGUGGUACGACCCGCGAUUACGAUACAGCAAUCGGUCUCAGUACGAGUACUUGAAUGCGAUUCAUCAUUACGAUGAUAUCUGGUUGCCGGACACGUACUUCAUAAUGCACGGAGACUUCAAGGACCCGCUCAUACCAGUUCAUUUUGCCCUUCGGAUAUAUCGCAACGGCACGGUCAACUACCUUAUGCGGCGUCAUCUCAUCCUAUCCUGCCAGGGUAGACUCAAUAUCUUCCCUUUCGAUGACCCACUGUGUUCAUUCGCGAUCGAGAGCAUAUCGUACGAGCAAUCGGCGAUCACGUACGUGUGGAAGAAUGACGAGGGUACGUUGCGGAAGAGUCCUAGUCUAACGUCGCUGAACGCAUACCUCAUUAAGAACCAGACAAUCACGUGUCCGAUCAAAGUAAGCUGGAGAGCUGAGGGACAGAUCGUGGUCGACUACGAGGACGAGUUCGAUGAAUUUGGGGACGCAAAGUGUUCGCUGUGCCAGCGCAGAUUUGAGGAGCAAGGUAACUACAGCUGCCUGAAGGUGGAUCUGAUUUUUACGCGAGAUCGUGCCUUCUACUUCACAACAGUCUUCAUCCCGGGUAUCAUUUUGGUGACCAGCUCCUUCAUAACCUUCUGGCUUGAAUGGAAUGCGGUGCCAGCGCGAGUAAUGAUCGGUGUGACGACGAUGCUCAACUUCUUCACGACGUCGAACGGUUUCCGCUCGACGCUGCCCGUCGUGUCGAACUUAACUGCCAUGAACGUGUGGGAUGGCGUUUGUAUGUGCUUCAUCUACGCCAGCUUGCUCGAGUUCGUCUGCGUGAAUUACGUCGGCCGUAAACGGCCGAUGCACAAUGUCGUCUAUCGUCCUGGAGAGAAUCCCGUCACCCAGCGGCUCCCAGCGGUGCUCAGCAGGAUAGGGAUAAUAUUGGCCAGCCCCUUGGGUAAAAAGAAGCGAGAGGGCGGUCCACCGACCGGAGCUACGACAGGACCGAACGAGAUCGUAACCUGCACCAAUUGUGGACCCAACCCUUGCACGCACACGACCACCAAUGGAUGCACAGCCGAGCUGAGAAAAAAGGAACCACCGCAUCCGAUAAGAGUGGCAAAGACGAUCGACGUGAUAGCAAGAAUCACUUUUCCGGUCGCCUAUUUCAUGUUCCUCACCUUUUUCUUCAUCCACUACAAAGGCACCUCGUAGACCAACACCAGAGGCAACAGUCCAGAAGAAUUCCACCGCUGAUCAUCGAAGGCCACGUCACUCGGCGUGGCUCUAUCUCAAGUCGAAUUUCAAUUGUCGAAGAGAAGCGUCGAAGCUAGAGAACCAAAGGGGAGCAGGUCAUCUGGAAAGUGUAUAUCGAAAUCGGAAGGGACGAACUCGUCGGAUAAACUCGACGGUCGAAGAAAGUGUUCGGCGAUCUCUGCGUCGCUCGAAGAAGCGAAA